AUGAGAAUCUCCAUGAAACCGUGUACAUGCACCAACCAACAUUUCACCGACUAUGUUCUUACCUUGGGAUUUGUUCAAAGUGGUUGUGAUGCGUCCUUGUUCAUCUUACAUCAUAAUGGCAACACCGUCUAUCUUCUUCUGUAUGUAGAUGACAUCAUUCUGGUAACAUCUUCGACAUCUCUUCGUCAGCACCUCAUGACUUAUCUCUCAACAGAAUUUGCAAUGAAGGACCUCGGGGCAUUAAGUUUUUUUCUUGGGAUCUCUGUGAACCGAACUCAGGACACUAUGUUCCUAUCUCAGCAGACCUACGCCAGUGACAUUAUAGAGCACGCGGGUAUGUCGUCUUGUAAACCCGCAUCCACUCCAGUUGAUACAAACUCCAAACUCAGUGCAACAUCAGGUACCGAUAUUGAAAACCCUACACUUUACAGAAGUUUGGCAGGGGCACUACAAUACCUCACUUUCACUCGGCCCGACAUCAGUUAUACGGUGCAACAGGUAUGUAUGCACAUGCACGCGCCCAAAACAGAUCACUCGAAUGCUCUCAAGCGUAUUAUCUGGUACAUUCAAGGCAUAGUCUCUUACGGUCUAACUCUGUCAUCUCACAGGGAUCCCGCACUUCUUGCUUAUACGGAUGCUGACUGUGUUGGUUGCCCCGACACUCGUCGCUCUACGAGUGGUUAUUGUGUCUACUUAGGAGACAAUCUCGUCUCCUGGUCUUCUAAACGCCAGCCAACCAUCUCCCGCUCUAGUGCCGAAGCUGAAUACAGAGGAGUGGCUAAUGUUGUUGCUGAAAUCUGCUGGCUUCGCAAUCUACUCUUGAAAUUGCAUCGGCCCCUUUCUAAAGCUACUAUUGUUUACUUUGACAAUGUGAGUGCUAUCUAUCUCUCCAGCAAUCCUGUUUAA